UGACAUGGGGGUGAGUAAAUUAUCAGGAAAUUUUUAUUUAAAAAUCACACUAAUCCUUUAAGCAGCAAGUUAGAUCUCCAGAAUGAUCUCACUCAAAGAUGGGCCGAUGCUAAUUCAACACACACUGAAUCAGAUUAACUCCUGCCGGCAUGAGCCCAACUAGAGCCGAUGUGUAGAAUACACCAUAAAAACUAGCCCGACAGACACUCACUGAUGGCCUGGCAUUGGCUGAUUGUCAGCUUGGUGUGUCACAGGCCUAAAAUGUCUUAAUGGAUUUGAAUGCAAUGUUUCAUUAAAAGACAACAAAGCUGACCAGCAAUAGCAGCCAGGAAAAUAUCUGGUGUAUUAUUGAGCUGUCAAUCUGUGAAUGUUAUCAAAGACACAUGAUAAGUAAGAGUCUAGUGGACCUCUGAUUUGACUUUUUGAUGGAUUUAGUAUGUUAUAUGACUGUAAAGCUGUUUUAUAGGGCAUCAACUGUGAGAUUCAUUUAAAGCAGGACAGGAAGAAACUCUUCACCUACAAACUAAACACAGAUGCAUUAAAUACCCACUCUCACCAACAAACUAUUUGUCCACCCAACAGAUCAAACCAUGUUUCUGAAGAAACCCAACCACAGCAGGUUUCAGUUUGACUCAGAAAAUGAGACGCUCACAAUGUGAGAUGGCAGAUAGUAUGAACUUUUUUUUUUUUUCAGACUUUUCACUGAACAAUUGAAGAAAAUGUUUCACACGGUUGCUCUGUUCUGUUUGUGCUGUUGGCGUCUGAUUGGUGUGUUUGGUGAUUCAGUGUCAGUGAUGGAAGGAGAUUCUGUCACUUUAUACACUGAUCUUACUGAAAUACAUGAAGACGACAUACUGUGGACAUUUGGAGCUGAAAACUCUCUCAUAGCUAAAAGAAAGAAGCAAAUCUUCUCCACAUAUAAUAGUACUGAUGGGAGAUUCAGAGACAGACUGGAGCUGGACAAUCAAACUGGAUCUCUGACCAUCACAAACAUCACAACUGAACAUGCUGGAGUUUAUAAAGUACAGAUAAGGACAGAAAAAGUGACAUCAAAAACAUUCAGUGUUUCUGUAUAUGCUCAUCUGCCUGUUCCUGUCAUCAGCAGAAACUCUUCACAAUGUUCUUCAUCAUCAUCAAAUUGUUCAUUGGUAUGUUCAGCUGUGAAUGUGAGUCAUGUGACUCUCUCCUGGUACAAAGGAAACAGUUUAUUGUCCAGCAUCAGUGUGUCUGAUCUCAGCAUCAGUCUCUCUCUACCUCUGGAGGUGGAAUAUCAGGAUAAAAACACCUACAGCUGUGUGCUGAACAAUCCCAUCAGCAACCAGACUCAACAUCUGGACAUCAUUCACCUCUGUCACACAUGUGCAGAUCAAGGUCUACCUUUAUUGUACAUAGUGCUGAUUUCCGCUGGAUCUCUGUUGAUUGUAGUCGUGAUGUGCUGCCUCUGCAAGAAAUGUAGAAAAACGGGUCAAAAGAUCGAGACCUGGAAGGAUUCAGCUCUCUGUCAACAGAAAACACGAAAAAUAAAGAAGGAGGCUGUAUAUUCAAAUGUCCCCAAAAGACAAUGAUCAAAUACCUCUUUACACCUCAUUAGUUCACACACACACACACACACACAUUCAUACAGUUACAAGGAAAUUGUGAGAUUGUUAUCAGAAGGUGAAUGGAGUCUCAAACGUUAUUCUUCGACCACAACCUGAGAGAAUUAAUACACUAGCAAUUCAACCGUAGUUUGUUUGCUUAAUAAAAAUUGCACCAGCUCAGCAAAAUUUAGUUAGAUUGUGUUACUUGCUGUGUUACUUACUUUGCAGUUUCUGACAUUAUAGCAUGUCCUGACUGAAUCCUGACACCAGAGACUCAGCCAGAGAAUGUAUAUAAUCCCUUACAAAAAUUAACCAUGGUUUUAUUAUAGUAAAAGUGUAGAAGCCUAACCAUGUUUUUUUGGCUAACUGAUUACCAUUUAUAUAACCACAGUUUUACCACAAAUACCAUGGUUAAACUAUGGUUAGAGUAGCAUGGUUAAUUUGUGGUUACCAUGGUUCAACUAUAAUAACCAUGUUUUUUUUUUUUCGUUUUCUUUGUAGUAAAACCAUGGUUCAUUUUCGUAAGGAAC